UGCGCAAAAUUCUGCGCAGGUUUAUGAAUUGUAUCUUGUUGAGAUUGGCUAAUGUGAACGGCACGUUACUAAUCUGAACCAUCUGGAUUAUGUGAUAAUCUGUGCACAGUUUUUAAAGACUUGACACCCUCGAACAAUGUGUAUGUACGAUACGUAGCUGCGCUUUGACGUAAACGACCGCUGCCACUUUCUUUCUUUCUUAGGAUAGUCGGGCAGAUGGUCGUUGAUGCAGUCCAUAAUCAUGAAACCCUCAAAGGAAGCCGUGCAUGCCGCUGCAAAAGAAUUCAUGCUCUUCUUGAAUCGCGGGGUAUCUCCAUAUCACGUGGUGGAGGAGUGCAAGUCUCGGCUGUUGGGAGCUGGCUUCACAGAGCUGAAGGAGGCCGAUCACUGGGAUAUUAAACCAGCCAGUAAGUAUUUUGUGACCAGGAACUACUCCACCAUCGUGGCGUUUGCAGUGGGCGGGCUGUACCAGCCGGGGAAUGGCUUCAGUCUGGUUGGGGCUCACACGGACAGCCCCUGCCUGAGGGUGAAACCGCGCUCUAAGAAGACCCGGCAGGGCUGCCUGCAGGUGGGGGUGGAGUGCUACGGAGGGGGCAUCUGGAACACCUGGUUCGACCGGGACCUGACCGUCGCCGGUCGCGUUAUGGUCAAGAGCGGCGACCGCCUUGUGCAUCGUCUGGUCCACGUGCCCCGCCCCCUCCUGAGAAUCCCCCACCUGGCCAUUCACCUGCAGCGCGACAUCAACGACUCCUUCGGCCCCAACAAGGAGAACCACCUGGUGCCCAUCCUGGCCACUGCGGUUCAGGAGGAGUUGGAGACGGGCUGCUCUUCGUCUGGUGAUGCCUGCAACGCUACCACCACGGCGGAGAAGCACCACUCCGUUCUGAUGCAGACUCUGAGCACCGAGCUGGGUGUGCAGGCUGAGGCGCUGCUGGACUUUGAGCUGUGUUGGACUCAGCCUGCGGCGCUGGGUGGAGUGUAUGAGGAGUUCAUCUUCUCUCCUCGUCUGGAUAACCUGCACAGCUGCUACUGCGCCCUGCAGGGUCUGAUAGAGUCCAGCAGCUCUGCUGACUCUCUGUCCAAAGAACCCAACAUCCGCAUGGUGACUCUGUACGACAACGAAGAGGUGGGCUCGGAGAGCGCCCAGGGGGCCAUGUCCAACCUGACCGAGCUGAUCCUCCGUCGCCUGGCGGCCACGCCCGGCAACCUCACCGCCUUCCAGGAGGCCGUGCCCAAGUCCUUCAUGAUCAGCGCCGACAUGGCCCACGCACUGCACCCCAACUACCAAGAGAAGCAUGAUGACAACCACAGACCAGCCUUCCACAAGGGCCCCGUCAUCAAGUUCAACAGCAACCAGCGCUACGCCACCACGGCCGUGACCGCGUCCGUGCUGCGCGAGAUCGCGGCGCGGGCGGGCGUGCCCCUGCAGGACGUGAUGGUGAGGAACGACAGCCCGUGCGGGACCACCAUCGGACCCAUCCUGGCGGCCCGCCUGGGCAUCCCGGUGCUGGACCUGGGCUCGCCCCAGCUGGCCAUGCACUCCAUUCGGGAGAUGUGCUGCACCUCCGGGGUCCUGCAGUCCACCGCCCUGUUCAAGGGCUUCUUUGAGCUCUUCCCUGCUGUGCGGAGUCUGGUGACCGUGGACUGAGCGUGCGAAUGUGAGAGAGCCUUGUCUCUCUGCGUUAGCUCUCACACCACAAGCCCACUAGGGCUCUCCCACCAACACCACUUCCUCCCCCCCCAUUUUAAAAUACUUGGCAUCUACAAAAUUGUACUUUUUUUGCAAGGUAGGAAUUAAAUUGAUGAGCCCC